UUUUUAUUGGAACUAACGCUACUUAUAUAGAUUUAGAAUAUAAAAUCCUACAACUCAUGUCAGAGUGUUGGAGGAACAUCAGAACGUAACCUCAAAAGUAUAUAAGGACUUUAUUAAGGCUUAUGUUUUAAAAAAUAAUUUAAUAUUGUAUCCUAAUAAUUAAAAUAUGAGUUUAUCCAAAGAAACAGAAUUGGUUAUUAGCAAUAAUGAACAGAUUCAGCAAUUAACGAAAGAGAGAAUAAGAAAUAUAAUGCAAUGUAGAAAAGAUGGAUUUUAUAGAACAACUGUUCCAUUAGCUGCGGUAUGUGCAUUAACUAGUUUUAUGGGAUUGAAAAUAGGAGUAAUACCAAGGGCAAAAUGUGGCAUUUUAUAUCAAUCUUUGUCAAUGACAUUAACAGCUGCUGUAGCUAUUGAAACAUAUUCGAGUUGGUUAUGCAUAUACAAGAAAUACCCAAAUUCCAUUCAAAAUUUUUCAGUAAAACAAGAAGCAAAUCCUGAGUUAUACAAUGAAGUACAAACAUAUGAAUCCACUAAAAGCAUAUCGUUUAAUGAGAAUCAGUCUUCAGAAUGGGAUACAGCGACUUCAAAUCUAAAUGACAAUAACGACAAUAUAAAUAACAACCAUAUUUUAUACAGAGAGCAAGAAAAUAUUUCUGAGUCUCAAAAUAUACAAAAUACUAGAUCACCUGCAUUGAAUCAAAAUGCUAAAAAGCAAACAAAAUAUGGUGAUGUCUGGGAUGAAUAA